GGGAGCGGCGUGCCGGUGUGGUGCCGUAGACGUGGGUCGAGUAUAAGAGCCUCAUCCGGUCCAUCGAUGGGAGGACACGCUUGAGGCUGACUUUCCUUUUCCACACGCUCUUUCGCAUCUUUCGAUUCUAUCGAAGCUCCGUUCGUUCUUUGUUCAUUCAUUCGUUCAUUACUUGAAUUACUCUUCUCCAAAAUGAGGAGUUCUGCUCUCUUCGCUCUGGCUGCUGCCCAGCUUGUUGCUUCGCACACCACUGUUCAGAACAUCUUGGUCAACGGUGUCGACCAGGGACACCACACUGGCAUUCGCACACCCACCAACGGCAACAACCCCAUCAAGGAUGUUACUUCGUCCGACAUGACUUGCAAUGUUGGCGGCUCCACUGCUGCUGCGGACACGAUUGAGGUCGCGGGUGGCGACAAGAUCACCUUCCAGUGGCAUCACAAUGACCCAGAAUCGAGCGGCGAUGCUGACGAGCCAAUUGCUUCGUCCCACAAAGGCCCUAUUCUCGUUUACAUUGCGCCCACCUCCUCGAACGGCGCGGGCGAUGUCUGGGUCAAGCUGUACGAGGACGGCCUGAGCAACGGUGUCUGGGCAGUUGACACCUUCAUCUCCAACGGGGGCGCACACAGCAUCACCCUGCCGGACCUCGCCCCCGGCGAGUACCUCCUGCGUCCAGAGCUCUUCGCCCUUCAUGAGGCAUUCAACGAGGGUGGCGUGCAGGUCUACAUGGAGUGCGUUCAGAUCAAGGUUACCAGCUCCGGUUCUGUUGAGCUCCCGGCCGGCGUCGCUAUCCCCGGCACCUACUCUCCUACUGACCCCGGUAUUCUCGUCAACAUCUACCCGACACCGUCGGAGUACACCAUCCCCGGCCCUGCUGUGUGGGACGGUGCUAGCAGUGGCUCUGGCUCGACUCCCGCUUCGUCCAAGGCUGCUUCCAGCGCCGCUCCUGCUGCUACGUCGAAGACUGCCGCAACCAGCGCUGCCCCGGCUCAGACGUCGGUUGUUCAGGACGUUGCUACGAGCGCUGCUGCUGCCCCGUCUUCUGCUGCCCCUGUUGCAACCUCCGCCCCUGUCGCGUCAAACCCUACAACCCUCGUCACCUCCGUCAAGCCCGUUGCCACUGGUACAUCUGGUGCCGUCCAGAAGUGGGGCCAGUGCGGCGGUAUGAACUACUCUGGCGCAACGGGCUGCGCUGAUGGCUGGGUCUGCAAGGAGUGGAACCCGUACUACUCCCAGUGUAUUGAGUCCGCUUAAGCGAUUCACGUUCUCAGCAAGGGGAACUCACUUCUUAUGCCCCCGUUUCUGCAUGACCAGGCGUCGCGAGGUCUUCUUUUGGAUUCAGAGUACAUUCUUCCCGCGGGCUUGUUCCCGGUAUUCGCUACGAGGCUGCUAGAGCAGCUGUAUUAUCU